AUGAAUGGAAAUCUUAAAAAAAUAAAUGCAAAUGAUAUUUCAAAGAUUGCUAGCGGACAAGUUAUUGUGGAUCUGCGUUCUGUCAUUAAGGAGUUAGUGGAGAAUAGCUUGGAUGCCGGCGCUACGAAUAUUGAUAUUCGUUUGGUGAAUUAUGGAGCUGACUUGAUUGAAGUUGUAGAUAAUGGUAAUUACUUUCUGGUUCCUAUAAGCGUAGGUAGUGGUAUACUUGAAAGCGAUUUUUCUGGUCUUGCUUUAAAGUAUUACACUUCAAAAAUCCAUUCUUUUGGUGAUAUUAGGAGUAUUCAUUCCUUUGGAUUUCGAGGCGAAGCAUUAAGCUGUAUUUGUGAGCUUAGUGGAGAGUUCGAGGUUGUUACCCGCCAUUCUUCGUCUGAUAUCGGAUGGAAUAUCCGAUACAAUCCUGAUGGAAGCAUUGCUGCAAAGCAUGAACGCGCUUGUAACAAAGGAACGACCAUCUCUGUCAAGAACCUGUUUGAUCGGCUCCCGGUUCGCCGCCGAGCCUAUCUUCAUGCCUGCAAAACGCAGCUCUCGAACAUGAUUACAUUGGUUCAGUCUUUUGCAAUUAGUUCUUUGGGAGUUCGGUUUUCACUCACUCAUCGUCCUUCUGCAGGAGCCUCCGUGACAACUAUAUUAAGUGUUCCGGUAGGGUCGUGCAUUCAAGUUGACUGCAGGCGAAUUAUUCUGUGA